GGGAGCGACGGGGGCGGGGGGGCCGAGCAGCCGCACGCUUUCGCCACUGCACGGGAAAGGGGGCCGGAGGCUGCAUGUGCGCAGCUCCGCCCGCGGAUCCCCGAAGCCCGCUCGCAGCAUCCCGCGGAUCCCGGCCAGCGCAGCGAGGGAACGCCGCCCGCCGCCUGCCAUGGACGAGGGCAUCUCCCGCCUGCCCGAGCGGCAGCUGCUGGAGCACCGCGAUUUCAUAGGGCUGGAGUACCCGGCGCUCUACAUGUGCAAGCCCAAGCGCGGCGUGAAGCGGGACGAGAGCAAGGAGACGUACAAACUGCCGCACCGGCUGAUCGAGAAGAAGCGGCGGGACAGGAUCAACGAGUGCAUCGCGCAGCUGAAGGACCUGCUGCCCGAGCACCUCAAGCUCACGACGCUGGGGCACCUGGAGAAGGCGGUGGUGCUGGAGCUGACGCUGAAGCACCUGAAGGCGCUGACGGCACUGACGGAGCAGCAGCACCAGAAGAUCGUCGCGCUGCAGAGCGGGGAGCGCUCCGUCAAGUCUCCGGUGCAGGCCGACCUGGACGCUUUCCACUCGGGCUUUCAGACGUGCGCUAAGGAGGUGCUGCAGUUCCUGUCCCGCUCCGAGAGCUGGACCCCCCGCGAGCAGCGCUGCGCCCAGCUCCUCGGCCACCUGCACGCCGUCUCCUCGCAGUUCCUGCCCGGCCCGCGGCUCCUCUCGCCGCCGCCGGGCCCGCUCGCCAAGGGACCCUCCUCCUCUUCCUCCCCGCCCGCCCCCCUCCGCGCGCCGGCCCGCAAGCCGGAGGGCCAGGCGCACUGCGUGCCCGUCAUCCAGCGGACUCACGCCGCCGAGCCGGGCGCCGAGACCGACACGGACACGGACAGCGGCUACGGCGGAGAGGCCGAGGCGCGGCCGGAGCGCGGCGCAGGGCCGGUCGGGCCGCUCCCCGCGCUGCCCGUCAAGCAGGAGCCGGCAGGGGACGAGGCGCCGCCCGCGCCCAAGCGGCCGAGGCUGGAGCGGGGCGGCAGCCCCCCGCCCGGCGCCGCCCUGCCCGGCGCUGCCCGCGGCGCCGACGCCGCGCUGCUGAGCUCGCUGAUGGCGCUGGGCGCGGGCGGCGGCGCGGCGCCCUUCGGACAGCCGGCGGCCCCCUUUUGCCUGCCCUUCUACUUCAUCUCCCCCUCGGCCGCCGCCGCCUACGUGCAGCCCUUCCUGGAUAAGGGCGGCCUGGAGAAGUACCUCUAUCCCGCCGCCCCCAUCCCGCUGCUCUACCCCGGCAUCCCGGCGCAGGCGGCCGCCGCCGCCGCCGCGGCCGCCGCGGCCGCCGCCUCCUUCCCCUGCCUGUCGUCCGUGCUCGGCCCCGCCGAAAAGGCGGCCGGGCUGUCCCCGGCGCCCCACCUGCCGCCCCCCUUCGCCGCCGCCGCCGCCGCCGCGGUGCCCGCCGCCGAGCCCGGCGAGGAAGCGGAGCCCGCGACCGCCGAAGAGCCCGGCACCGAAGGGCAGUGAGCGCGGAGGGCGGGCGGGAGGAGGUGCCGAAGGGGUCCGCGGAGCCCCCCGCGCCGCUGCCCCACAGAGGACCGUCCCGGACGAAAUUUGCUACUCAGUAUUUUUUUAAUGUUUGGCUUUAUAAGUGCAUACAUAUGUUAAGGAAAAAAAAAAAGAAAAAGAAGAAGAAAAGGAAGAGAAAUAGUAAGGAUACUUUUUUUUUUUUCUCUCUCUCUCUCUAAGGUAACUUAAAUGUCGCACCUUAUUGUGAUGGGUUUGUAGUGUCCCUGGGUCCCGCCGAGAUGCUCGCACCGCGCCGCGCGGGCUCAGGUUGGGGCGGAGGGGCGGCGGAGCCCCGCACCUGUGCCAGCACUUUAUGGGCGGCCGCAGUGCCUUGGGCACCCCGGGGCGCCGCCGGCUUCGGGAGUGCGGGGAAGGAGGGCAGUGCCGUUAUGUAACCCCGCGUUCGGCUGUUCUGUUUUCGGCUGAGGUAUACAGCUGCGGCGGGUGCGUCUGUGCUCACCCGUCUUUAUUUAAUUCAGUAUGUUCCCCAGAGAUUUCCCCCCGAACCGUGCUGUAUAAGAUGAAUGUUUCUGCACUGAACUACGGAAAGAAAACCCCUCUCUCUCUCUCCCUCCCUUCCCUAAGAAAGCGGAGAGCGGCUCGUCAGCCCGAGCUCGUUUGAGCAUAAAUUCUGACUGACACAAACCGGAGGAAAUCCCCCCCCUCCCGCUUUGCAAUCGGACGCCGAGACCUUUGGGGCAACUUUCCCGGCCGGGCUCUCCCCUCAUCCCACUCCCGAGCACCGCGAUUUCCCUUUCUGGAGCCAAACCAGACGCCAGAUAAUCACACAGAUAAAGCUUUUAUAAUAAGGCUUAAACCGAGACCUUGCCUGGAUAUUUUUAGUUUGUUGCCAAGGUAGCACUGUGAGAAAUCUCACUUGAAUGUUAUGUAAGAGGUGAGACACAACAGUCUGACUCGGCGCGAGCGCGUACCCGGCUCGGCCCGGCGCUUCGGUGCAUUGCUGCUGCUGUUGCUGCUGUUCGCCUCAAACGCUGUGUUUAAACAACGUUCCAGACCUUAGCGGCCUACCGAGUGGCUGUAUGUACAUAGUUGUUAAUACAUCCAAUUAAUGAUGUCUGACAUGCUAUUUUUGUAGGGAGAAAAUACGUGUUAAUGAUAUUUUGAGUUAAAUAUCUUUUGGGAGGAUUUGCUGAAAAAGUUGCACUUUUGUUACGAUGCUUACGCUUGAUACAAGCUUACGCUGUCUUAAAUUAUUAAAAGAAAAUAAAUCCUGUCUGCAAGAAA